CCGGGUUCAGCUUCGGUGCGAGAUGACGCACGCACGCACGCGCGCUCGACGACGUGGAGACGCAGGCGAGCCCCGGAGAGCGUUCAGCUGUUGGUACAUCUUCCAGGAUUCCUCAAACCUGACCACUGGGCUCUUCCUGAUAUCUAACCAUGCAGCGGAGAUCAAGAGGCAUUAAUACGGGGCUGAUUCUGCUCCUUUCUCAAAUCUUCCAUGUUGGGAUUAACAAUAUUCCACCUGUGACACUAGCAACCUUGGCUCUCAAUGUCUGGUUGUUCUUGAAUCCUCUAAAACCAUUGCUUAACUCCUGCCUUAGUGUAGAAAAGUGUUAUCAUCAGAAAGACUGGCAUCGUCUAUUACUUUCUCCUCUUCACCAUGCCGAUGAUUGGCAUUUGUAUUUUAAUAUGGCAUCCAUGCUCUGGAAAGGAAUAAAUCUGGAGAGAAGACUGGGAAGUAGAUGGUUUGCGUACAUUAUCAUCACAUUCUCCCUACUCACUGGAGUGGUGUAUCUGCUUUUGCAAUUUGCUUGUGCCGAAUUUAUGAAUGAGCCGGACUUUCAGAGGAACUGUGCUGUAGGUUUCUCAGGAGUUUUGUUUGCCUUGAAAGUUCUUAACAACCAUUAUUGCCCUGGAGGCUUUGUCAACAUUUUGGGCUUUCUUGUACCCAAUAGAUUUGCUUGUUGGGCAGAACUUGUAGCUAUUCAUUUCCUCACACCAGGGACUUCCUUUGCUGGGCACCUCGCUGGAAUUCUUGUUGGAUUAAUGUACACUCAAGGGCCUCUGAAGAAAAUCAUGAAGACAUGUGCAGGCAUUUUUUCCUCCAGUAUUGGUUACCCAGGAUAUCAGUACUACUUCAGUAGCUCAGGCCACUCUGGGUAUCAGGAUCAUUACCCGUACAGCAGGCCAGGGCAUUAUGAAGAGGCUGCCAGGAGCUAUGAUGUGUACACUGCAGGACUGAGCGAGGAGGAACAGCUGGAGAGAGCACUAAGAGCCAGCCUCUGGGACCGAGGAAAUACCAGAAAUAGCCCACCGCCCUAUGGUUUUCGGCUCUCACCCGAAGAAGAAAUGAGGAGACAGCGGCUUCACAGAUUUGACGGCCAGUGAAGUGAUACAGCAUCUUUGGAAGAUAUGGUCCAGUUGUCCAUUUUCCUUCCAUUUGCUUGAGCCUCCUUCCAGCCCCAACUUCAUUUUAAACAAAAGCAGAGUAUACCAUCAUCAUCCCUGAUUGCUUCUGUAUGCCAUGGACUCUCACCCUGUCAUCACCCUACAUCUAGAUUCACGGUCAGAUUGACUUGUCUGGAAACCAGGUUUGUGGCAGGCAGCUCACAGCUUUCUAGAAGUGAUCUUAUUCUCCAUCCCAAACCAAAGGUUUCUUCCUUAACAUUGGAGCCUUUCUCCACACUCCAUCCUUUCCUCCAGACUCUGAUACCUGCACCUUGUUUUGCAGUCGAAGACUCCACCUCCACAAAGAGAUCAUCCAUUUUUUCUGCCUGGAGUGCUUGACGCUUACAUUGGCCAGAGGUGCAGUGCAGUGGUAUUCCCUGGUCUUCUUGGCAUGUUGCUGUGGUGACCAUCAGGAUAAAGAUAUGCUCUCUUCCCAGUAUGCUGUGGAGAAAACACCUACUUCCACCACUAGAUGUCAAGGGGUACCAACAAUUUGGAUUUAUAGCUGCCCACCCUCCCCAGGACAGCGUGUGUAGGCCAGGGAGAUGGGACUUGUCUUUAAACAGCAAAGCAACAACAAGUGCCACAUUCAGAACAGGGCAAAAGCAUUCAAAGGAUUGGUUCCUAGAAGUCCUUUUUGUAGGAAGUAUUGUUUUUCCUCAUAAAAGUGCCUCUGAAUUGGCCCUGAAACAACUUGUCCUGGACAAGUGUCCAAAGCAUACCCUAGGGCCCUGCGAUAUUAAAAUACACCGAUUGUCAGGUCAUUUAAAGCAUUCUGUGGUGCUUGUGUUUCAUGUGUAAAAGGACAAAGCCAAAAUGUAUUUAGUCAUGGAGUUGCUUAUUUUUAGAGAGAACUAGAAGCAGCAAAAGAUGCUUCUAUUUUAACUCAUCUAUCAUCCAUAUAUAGUUUUCUGUUUAUGAAAGUUAUAGAAAUGCCAUCUACAUGCAUAGUCUGGAAGGAAGUUUAGCAACUAGAACAGAGAUUAUCUCUGGAGAUAAAAUACUUUGCUUUCUCUUUUUCACAAUUUUAUACUGCCUUUAAAAAAUAUGUGUUUUGUAUAUAUUGCUUUGUAGUCAGGAAAACUGAUUCAUACAAUAAAUCAAGGGAAAACACAGUAAAAUAGACUUAAAAAUAAUAUGUGGCCAUUGAGAAACUUCAAAACUGUAAAAACAAACAAAUACAUAAACAAUUAUAAAAUCAUGUGCAUUCAUACCACUUGGAAGAAUACACAGGAUUAACAUUUUGAACGUAUUCCAUCACAAUGACUUCUUGUAUACAUUUGACAGACUUGGAGCAUACUGGUUGUGCAGUGUUGUGUCCAGCUCAGGGUCUGAAUUUGUCUGGAAGUGGCCUUGACCCUUCCAUAUAAAUGAGCUAGGAAACCUUGAGAUCUGGGAGAAUUAUAACUAGCUACUUGCACAAUGACACCUGAGAUGCUUGAUUUUAUUUAUAAUUGAUGUAAAACUAGAGCUAGUAGAUAAUGAGAAUUGUACCUGAGUCCAGUAGCUUUAGACAUAUUUUAAAUGUUCAAGCUAAAUCAUUCCUGCCUCUCAAACUAUAAAUUUGACUUCUAUUUUCCUAUUCUUACAUGCCAUCUUUUGAUAACAUGGAAAUUGUCCUGUAGCACUCAUAUCUUGCCCUUGUUAUUGUUAUGGUUAUUUGUACAUACCUAUACCAAGGUGUGCCUUCUAUGUGGGGGUGUGGGUUAUAAAUCACCCUGAUUUGUAUAUCUCCCAUAGUCUCCACAUUUUCCAUAUUCACCGUCCAAAGGCUUGUGGUAGGAGCUCAUUAAAUGUUAAUUUCUCACCCAAGUGUUUUCUAUUGUAUUAAAUGUUCAAUCAUAUGUA